AUGCAUGAGGCUGAAGACGAUGGUUAUGAAAUGAUUGAUGAGAAAGCGGUCCAAGAAUGCUCAAAUUUCCAAUUUGAGAGUACAAGCUUCCUCUUGGCUGCUGCAGAUGCGCCUAUGGCUGCCAAUACAACGUCCAACGAUGUCGAACAUGGAGUGGCUCACGGUUACUGGAAGGACCUUGCCAAUAUCUUGCUCUUGGCUGUGAACGACCAGCUCAAAGUGGAUGGCGAUGUUGAGGGAAAUCUAAAUGUCGAUUUACGCAAGACCGUGAAAGCUUACAAGCGUGAGUGGGAUGUCAAAAAGGCCAAAGAGGCUCAUGAGAAGCGACAAGCGUCUCGUCAUCUCCGAUUUCAGCAGAAGUUCAACGGAGAGGGCGAGACACAAGUGGAGGGCGAAAACUCGUCCAACUCAAGAUCUAACAAGAAUUUCAAGGCUCUUCACCUGAUAGUUGCGCGCCUGUUUGCGUCUCAGCUUCGAGCGGAUGCAGCUGCCUUAUCCUCCACGUCCAAAAUGCGCAGCAUCUCCCUGGCGGCGAAAUGGUGCCCUUCUCCUGCUGAGUCACAUGACAAGCAGACCUUCCUCGUGUCUUCGAUAGCAGAAGCGAUUUUCCCCGCCAAGGAAGUUUGCCCAUCAGGUACCACGGACCGUGUCACUUAUCUAAAGCAUGCUCGUCUCGCGCUUCGAUCAAAGCUUCUGUCUCCUUUGAGAAAGUAUCUGGGUAUUGUUGAGCGAGAUAUUACCGCAGGUAAUUUCAGAGACAUCAAGUAUGAUCGCAUUCCAUCGAUGGCCAUGGAUCGAUAUUCCGGACUAUUGUUAAACAGGGACGAGGGGAGUUUUGCCAACUACCUGGAGCGCGUUGUUGCAGGGAGGGCACGGAUCUCGGGUGCUGCUCUGCUUCCUUCUACCUUAGUAUCGAAAGCCAGGCGUGCAUUUGGCCGGUCUGAUCGAGAUAACGGCAAGAACGCAACGGAUCAAGUCCAAAGACUAGCCGAGCAACAACUCCUUGACGGGCAAUGGAAAACGCUUGUCCGGCGUAUCAAGGACUCCGGCAAGAUCGAGUCAACAAUCGCUGUUUGUGACGUCUCGGCUUCAAUGUUAUCGCCACGAUUCCCUGAUGACAGCUGUCCGAUGGACUCUGCAGUUGGCCUAUCGCUCCUUCUUGCUGAAGUUGUAGAUCCCCCGUUCGGUGGUAACUUCAUCACAUUCUCUGAACCUCCGAGCAUUAGGAAGGUAGGUGGAGCUAGGGACGAUCGGACCUUUAAGGACAAAGUGGCGUACAUCUUUCAAUCCAACUGGGACAUGAACACUGACUUCGUUGCCGUAUUUGAAAACUUGACCCUGCCCAUGGCGGUGAGCAACAAACUCAGGCCAGAGGAGAUGGUCAAGCUCAUUUUUGUGUUUAGCGACAUGCAGUUUGACGCGGCUCAAAAGAGGAACGAACGUUGGACUACUUCUUUCAAAGCGUAUCAAGAAGCGUUAUGCCGAGGCGGGCUACGAGAUGCCUGA